AUGGAGCAGAACCAGGACCCGGAGGACUCCAGUAGACCAGCAGCAGGCUCUGAUAGCACCGAUGUUCAGGAAGGAAGAGAGAGACUCAAACGGCACCACUGUCAGCUCUGUGACAAAACCUACUCAACAGCUGGAAGUUUAAAGGUUCAUCUCCGCAUCCAUACUGGAGAGAGACCUUACAGCUGUGACCAGUGUGGGAAUGCUUUCAGUCAACUACAGAACCUGAGAAAUCAUCUCCGCAUCCAUACUGGAGAGAGACCUUACAGCUGUGACCAAUGUGGGAAUGCUUUCAGUCAACUACAGCACCUGAGAAGUCAUCAACGCAUCCACACUGGAGAGAAACCUUACAGCUGUGACCAAUGUGUGAAGACUUUCAAUCAGAAACACCACCUGAGAUAUCAUCAACGCAUCCACACUGGAGAGAAACCCUACGGCUGUGACCAUUGUGGGAAUGCUUUCAGUCGACUACAGAACCUGAGAAGUCAUCAACGCAUCCACACUGGAGAGAAACCUUACAGCUGUGACAAGUGUGGGAAUGCUUUCAGUCGACUAGGUAGCCUGACAAGUCAUCAACGCAUCCACACUGGAGAGAAACCCUACGGCUGUGACCAGUGUGGGAAUGCUUUCAGUCAACUACAGAACCUGAGAAGUCAUCAACGCAUCCACACUGUAGAGAAACCUUACAGCUGUGACCAGUGUGGAAAAACUUUUUCUCACAGUUCUAACCUUGAAGUCCACCGACGCAUCCACACUGGAGAGAAACCUUACAGCUGUGACCAGUGUGGAAAAACUUUUUCUCACAGUUCUAACCUUGAAGUCCACCGACGCAUCCACACUUGAGAGAAGCCAUACUGGUGUGACCAAUGUGGG